UUCGGCAGUCAUAUGUAGCAGAUAUUACCGGGAUCUUGCGUGAUGGAGUUUAUAAUUUAUUUCAAUUACGUGCAGGUGUUGGUUGAGUUGAUCAACAAAACUGAAUUUAAAAUGUUGCGUAUUAAGCUGUGGAAGGUCCUGGGUAUCGUAGCGGUUUGUAGCAUUGUGCAUGCCUACGAGAAAGAAAUGACGGUUUAUAUCGAGGCGGGCAGAAAUGAAUGCUUCUACCAACCAGUUCAGAACGGCGAAACUAUAGAUAUAGAAUAUCAGGUGAUUGAUGGCGGACAUGGGGAUCUUGAUAUCAGCUUUUCAUUGAUCGAUCCCAUAGGAUUAGUUAUAGUUAGCGACUAUAAAAAACCGGAGAAUAUACAUCGUCAUGAAGCGAGCAAAGAAGGAGACUAUCGUUUCUGUUUCGAUAACACGUUUAGUUCGUUUAAUCGCAAGACUGUAUUUUUCGAAUUAAUUAUAGAGCAACAAGGAGAAUCGGCUUUUGAUAAGAAUUGGGAUGAAACUGCAACAGCGAAAACGCCUGAGGAAUUGUACGACAUUCAAGUGCGCGAAAUUAUGGAGUAUGUUGGGCGAGUACAUAUGCAAAUAUCGAGAGCUCACCAAAUUUUAAAUAUGCUCCGUUCUAAUGAAGCAAGGGAUCGUAAUUUAGCUGAAGCAAAUUACUCUAAAGUAAAUGUAUGGUCACUAUUCCAAAUAUGUGCUAUGAUUUGUGUGGGACUUGUUCAAGUAUUUAUGGUACGGAGUAUUUUUGAUACGAACACUCGGAUGAGUACAUUCUGGAAGAAAUUGGGGAUGUGAUACAUAUCAAAGGCCGGCUUUCUAUAUAAAAACUAUAAACUAUUCAUUUCAAGUGGAUCGAAUCACGAGAGUAGCUUUAUAAAUUCAGUAAAUAACAUAAUGUGGUAAAUACUCAUUCUUCCAAAUAUUCGAUUGCAAUGCAAUAAGCUAAAACAAGCGAUCUCAGUAAUACCAAAUAAUUUGUGACCAAUUAUCUCAUCAUAAUAAUAUAUUGUCUGCCAUAAUCAAAUUGAGUCGCAAUAAUAAGUAUUUUUGUAAAUAA